AUGGCCAAAAGGGCCACUACUGCCGAUCGUUCACCAUCUGAUACCGAUAGUGAAACAUCACCUCAAAGACUUAAUAAAAAAGAAUCAAUUACAAAUUAUGUUACAGAUGUAUUAACUAAACAUGGACAAAACGUUGGAGAACAAGUUGAUUUAUCACAAGCUCAAGUAAAAAUUAGUACAAAGCCAAGUACAGAUUCAGAUUACGAAAAUAUAUCAGCUUUUCGACGAUAUCCAUUUGAUACUGAAGCUAAAAGUCGAGCUGAUGCACAACGAUCACGUGAACAAAGUCAAAACAGUGAUGAUGAAUUUAGAGAUCCUUCAUCAACACAACGUUCAACUGGAUUCGAUGAUUCAAUAACAGAAUUGAAUUUGGAUCCAAACCCAAUUCAUGAAGAACGUGAAAGUCAGGAACAAGUAUAUAAACAAAAAGUUUAUUUACGUCAAUUACAACCACCAACUCCACAACCAAUGGAAAUUCAAGUUCAAGAAGUUCUAAUCAAACCACCAACACAAAAACCACCAAUUCAUGUUCAUGUUGUUGGUCAACGUCAACCUCCAACUCCUCCACCAAUAACUAUUAAAACUCAACCACCACCACCUCCACCACCUGAAUCAAGUCAACCAAUUGUUUACAACAAAUAUAUUCCUCCACCAAAACAACCACCACCACAAAUAAUCAUUCAUCGUUAUCCUGAUAUGCCACCUAAGCCACGUCCAAUUAUUGUUGAACAAUGGUUACCUUAUAAACCUGCACCAAAAAGAAUUAUUAAACAUUCGUUACCACGUGAAGCUCUUCAAACACCACCACCUCCACAUAAUAUUAUUAUUUCCUAUUCCAAACCACGUGCAGUUAUUGAAGUUGAACUUGUUCGUUUACCAGUUGUUAAAAUUGAUCCUCAAGUAUAUGAACAAAUGAGUGCUGCUGGACAACAACAAUUAAUGAGAAAUCCACCAUUUCAACAUGAACAAAAUUAUGUAUCGGGAAACAGAUCAGCAACUACACCUAAUGAUGAAAAUGGAAUAGAUUGGCGAAUUUAA